AUGGCCUAUGACCGCUACGUGGCCAUCUGCCAACCCCUGCACUACGGGACCCUCCUGGGCAACAGAGCUUGUGCCCACAUGGCAGCAGCUGCCUGGGCCAGUGGGUUUCUCAAUGCUCUCCUGCACACGGUCAAUACAUUUUCAGUGUCCCUCUGCCAGGGCAAUGCUGUGGGACAGUUCUCCUGUGAAAUCCCACACAUCCUCAAGCUCUCCUGCUCACACACAGACUACCUCAGGGAAGCUGGGCUUCUUGUGGUUAGUGUCUGUUUAGCAUUCGGAUGUUUUGUUUUCAUGUUGGUGUCCUAUGUUUGGAUCUUCAGGGCUGUGCUGAGGAUCCCCUGGCAACAGGGACGGCACAAAGCCAUCUCCACAUGUCUCCCUCACCUGGCCGUGGUCUCCCUGUUUCUCAGCUCUGGUUUCCUUGCCUACCUGAAGCCCCCCUCCAUGUCCUCCCCAUCCCUAGACCUGGUUGUGUCAGUUUUGUACUCGAUAGUGCCUCCAGCAGUGAACCCCCUCAUCUACAGCCUGAGGAACCAGGAGCUCAAGGACGGCAUUAGGAAAGUGAUUUCAGGGGUAUUUCUCAUUAAGAAUAAUCUUCCUUUUGCGCACAACAAAUGA